UUUUUUGUUUUUUUCAAGAGCGAGCGCGUCAUUGAAAAAAACAACAACGGAGCUGGGAAACGUUCACUUUUGUUUUUUUUUUACGAUGACGCUGCUCAACCGGUUGAAACGUUCCGUCCGCGGCAUUGCGCAGCGACCGGACUCUGCUGCACAAUCAGACGAACGCGAACAACAGCAGCCGUCACGAGCGCGAGGGACGCUCGGCCUUUUCGGUCGGCGCACAUCGUCACAAACACCGCAACGCAACAGACCCAAUUCCGUUUCCGGCAACACCGAACGCGGGUCUGAUGCGUCUGCGCCCCAGCCAUCGUCAUCAUCAUCACUGCCACCGUCAUCCUCAUCGGUGGUGACUUCUCCAUCACAGCCGCCAGAGCAAGGCGCCGACAGCGGCAGCCACCGCGUUCGCACCGCUGAAUUUGCGGCGGACGCGGUGCGGUCAGAAACCAACACACCUUCUUUGGGCUUCAGCACGCCAUUCCUGCCGACCGAGCCCCAUUCCCUGCCUGCCACCAACUCGAGCACAGGGCCAGCUCACAUUGACGCUGCUCCGACACCGACACGUCCAACAACGCUGUUCGGCCAGUUCCUCGAGGCGGACGACCAGUUUGUGCGCUGCGUGCACUUGAUCCGCAUGUGCGAGUUUAGCCCGCUUUUGCACCACCACCUCGUGCACCAUCUGCUAUUGCGCAAGCAGCGUCUCAUUGAAAUCCUGGAGCUGGUCUCGCUCGAUAUGGUCCGCAAGCACCCGAGCCUCAGCCUUGACGACCGUGCGUAUCGCGCGAAAUUUCCGUCAUCUGUGACCAAUGGCAACAGCUGCAUGCUCGGCACGCUCGUUGUCAUUGCCGAGCUGCUCGUAGCAGGCGCGACCAUUUCCAUGGGUGGUGUCCUGUUGUCGGCGCUCAAGCCUGCUGCCAUGGCUCUCUGCUUGUCUUUUGGCGACGCACGGACGAGCCUACGAGCACACGCAACGAGCGCACGCGUCGCAUAUCCUGCCUCCAUCCAGUCUACGUUUGAACGCUUCGACAAGGCCUGGGUGGAAUUUGAGCUGUCGUACAUGCGCUUGGUCCUGCCGGCCCUGCCGUCCGCUCGCAACAUGGAGCAAGCGGAAGAAAUGACCGCGCUCCUGCAAGAAACUAUCGCUGAUGGUCUGGCAAGCAAUCUCAUCACAAUCGAGCAGCUCGAGGAGCUAGACCCUGGUGUGCUUUACGCCAUUCCUCGUCUCGCCGUCGCCCGCGCUCUGCGACACGCGCCUGGAGACUUGUUCAUGGAUGACGUGCUAUCUUCGCUGGUAGUUGCACCGACCAUUCAAGACGAACACGUGGCGCCGCCGCCGCCGUUACCAGAAAAGUCGCGCUCCGGGAACUGGGUCAAAUCGUUGCGAGCAACCGCAUCGCGGGUUGUUCCCAGCUCGUGGCUGCCCGCGACUCCACAGCAACCGCCAUCGAGCCAGUCUCUCACGCCUGCAUCCUCAUGGCUCGAAAAUCAUUGCCUGGCGCGGUUUGUUCGUGACCGACCGGCACUGCACUCGUUGACCAAAAUGCUUCUUGUCCUCUCCGAGGACGAGAUGUCCGCCCUCGCCAGUCGCCUUCUGCAUGUUUCUGAAGGUUCCGAGUCGUCGAGCAGCGGAGCUGCCUUCUUUGACACGACCAAGGACUCGGAGCAGCGAGAAUAUCUGCAUUCCGUAUUCGUCGCUGUCUGCGCAAUUGCAGAUCGGCUACACAGCGGUGAAACCGCCUCAGCCUUCCGCGGGGUCCUCCAAAAAUGCAUUGAGCCCUUUCUCGAUGGCACAAUGUCCCCGCCCGUCGUAGCGCCAGUGCCGGCAACACCAUCAACACCCGUCGUUUCUCCCGUUUCUCAAGACGCGGCCACCUCUUUCGUCGAGCUUCCAUCAGCUUCUCCGUCAUGGCACCUGCCCCGAUUGCCUUCGGCCGAGACAUGCGUGUGAAAACAGAGAUUUCUCUUGCUAGUUUGUAGCAUUGUUACGUUGCAUUUGCUAUUCCUUGUGUUUGUCUAGAUUGUGAAUGAACGAUGUUUGAAUGAAACUUUUGUUUGAGUGAGACAAACAACCAUACA